AUGCCAACGAUCAAUGAUGUCAUCUUCGGGCCCGAGACAUUCAAUCAAUCCAUACCAAUUCAACCAAACACGGCGGCUUCCAGUUCUUCGGCGUUCUUCGGCGCGAUUCUUGGCGUUCUUCGGCGCGAUUCUUGGCAUUCUUCGGCGGCGGACGCUGGGAAGCGAGGACACCCAGCGCGCGGUCUGCUUCUGUUGGGUUCUUCGGCGGCGUCUGAGAGUGUUCGGUCUGCUUCUGUUCGAUUCAUGGAUUCUACGCGUGUUGUGAGGAGACUUAAUAAAAUAAUCGAUAACUAUUGGAUGGGGCAGUUUAGUAGUUGGACCACUGCUCCAAAAGAAGUAAAAGAAUUGUGGUGGAAUGAGUUCAAGCGGAAGUUCAGGUGGGAUGAAGCAGAAGAGAAAGAAGUUAAAAGAAUUUUUAAGAAGAAAGCCGGUGAUCACAUGCGAAAUGUGAUGAAUAGAGCAAAGAGAAGACAAGAAAAGUCGGAUUUUAUUACAGCUGACAAUUGGGCAGAAAUCAAAAGAAUUUGGGACACCGAAAAGCAUCAGCAAAUCAGUGAAAUUAAUAAGAAGAAUCGAGCUUCUAGUUCUAGUGAAGGGUCUGCCACAUAUGCUGGGGGCUCUAUUAAUAUCGGGGAGCAUAGAAAAAGAAUGGCAGAUGAAUUGGGGACGGAACCAACAUUUAUGGCUACAUUUGAACGCACCUUUCAGAAAAAAGAUAAGACAUGGACCGGCAAUCGAGCAAAAGUUAUUAAGGACAAAUAUGAUGAACUUGUAAUGAGCACGGCUGCUGCUAGUGGUGAUGGUGAUGGUGAUGGUGAUGGUGAUGGUGAUAGUGCUGCUGCGUCCGAGCCAUCGGUUGACAGUAUGGCAUUAUGGAUGAAGGCAUCGGGUGGAAUGAGAAGAGGUCAAAUAUUUGGGAUGGGAUCCUUGUCAAGGAUGUACAGAAUGCCGGUUGCUGCAACUUCAUCCUCCAGUGCGGCUUUUUUAAGGGCACAACACGAGGAGCGAACGGACCAAGAAUUGAACCGCUUGAAACAAUUACUGGUACAGAAGGAUGAAGAAAUGAAACAGUUACUUUUUGCCGCAACAGUUUGCCACAACGUGAAAGAACUUCUUGGCAAGAUCAAUAGUUUGCCACAACAGUUUGCGAACUCGCUAAUUUAG